AUGACUUCACAAGUGAUCCCUGGGAUAUAUAAUAACUGGGAGAUCCAUCUGAAAAAGGUGCAUGUCAUUCUGCGGGACAAUGCCAGUAACAUGAAAGCUGCUAUGGAAGACAUGGCAGUUCCUAGUCUGGGAUGUUUUGCUCACACGCUGCAGCUUGUUGUGCACGAGGGGCUGAUGUCACAACGCAGCGUUAGCGACGCAUUAGCAAACAGCAGAAAGAUCGUUGCACAUUUCAAGCAUUCACAACUGGCACAGUCUCGCUUGGAAGAUCUGCAGCGUGAAAUGCAAGGUGCAAGAACCACGACCACCCCAGCUCGUCUUGUUCAAGAUGUGCAGACAAGAUGGAACAGCUCUUUCUAUAUGAUCAAGAGCCUUCUGACAGAAAAGCGACCUCUUUGUGCUUAUGCUGCCGACCACAACUUACCGGCAACACUGUCAGCCAACGAGUGGGGUUUACUAGAAAAAACAGUGACGGUGCUGGAACCCUUCAAGGAGUUAACGAGGAAAAUAAGCUCAGCUACCUCCACCGCAGCCGACGUUAUUCCAGCCGUCACCGUUUUAAAACGCCUGCUAGCCGAGGAGAACAGUACUGACAGCGGUAUCAAAACAAUGAAAAGCACACUCCUCCAAGCUGUCAGCAGGCGAUUUAGCAGCAUCGAAAGUGAAUCCCUCUACGCUGUUGCCACUUUACUGGACGCUCGAUACAAGGACAGAUUCUUUUCAGGUGGAGAAACUGCCAGGAGGAUGGCAAAGGAUCUCCUGAAACAAGAACUUGACAAGAUGGAGCAAGCACAGCUAAAGGCAUCAGCUGAGGGACAAGGAGGGACAAAGGAGGCAGAGCCAGCAGAAAACCAGGUUCUCCUCCAAGCACAACGGUGUGACGAGGCCUAG